UGAUGCAGGGACAGCAGCCAGCCACAAUGAGCAACUCCUAUGCAUUUCUGGCAUCUUCUCUCUCGAUAGCUGUUUUUCUUCUACUCAUUCCUGAAGAUGGCUGUGUAAGAAUUAUUGGAGGCCAUGAAGUAGCUCCUCACUCAAGACCCUACAUGGUCCUGCUUAAACUCAACAAAGGAAAUAUCUGUGCUGGUGCUUUGAUUGGAAAAAUGUGGGUGUUGACUGCAGCCCACUGUGCCGUGGACAGAAAGUCCGAGGUCAUUCUUGGAGCUCACUCAAUAACCAAGGACGAGCCAGAAAAACAGAUAUUCUCAAUUCAGAAGGACUUUCCUCACCCAUGCUAUGACCCGGACACACAUGAAAAUGAUCUUAAACUUCUUCAGCUGAACAAAAAAGCAAAACUUAACAAAAACGUGGCUAUCCUUCAACUGCCUGCCAAUGGGGAUGAUGUAAAACCAGGAAGUUCAUGUCAAAUUGCAGGGUGGGGGCUGACUGGCAAUAAGUCACCUCUGUCUGAUCUUCUGAGAGAAGUCAACAUCACCAUCAUAGAUAGAAAAAUCUGCAAUAAUGCAGACCACUACAAUUUUAAUCCUGUGAUUGGACUCAAUAUGAUUUGUGCCGGAAACCCUCAUGGUGGGAAAGACUCAUGCAAUGGAGAUUCUGGAAGCCCUCUGCGCUGUGGAGGUGUUUUCCGCGGCAUCACUUCCUUCGGUCUCACAGGGAGAUGUGGAGUGCCUCAAGCGCCUGGUGUCUACACGCGUCUCUCAAAGAACUCCAUUCACUGGAUACAUAAGACUAUGAAGGGCACACUUUAGAUAACUGUAUUUCAUUUGUUGUCAUGUCUUAAUCUGAUCACAAAUAAAAUCAAGCUGUAUCGCUG